AUGGACUUCAAUUCGUUGAAGGACCAGGUCAGCAACCUGAGUCUAUAUGAUAUUAAAGCAGGCGUCCGCAAGGUACAAAAUGCUAUGAUGAAUUACACCGAGAUGGAGGCAAAGGUCCGAGAAGCUACGAACAACGAGCCAUGGGGUGCAUCUUCGACUCUUAUGCAGGAGAUCGCAAAUGGAACACAUAGCUACCAACUGCUUAACGAGAUAAUGCCAAUGAUUUAUAAACGUUUUACGGAGAAAUCUGCAGAGGAAUGGAGGCAGAUAUACAAGUCUCUGCAACUGCUUGAGUUUCUAGUCAAAAACGGUUCGGAAAGGGUUGUCGAUGACGCACGCUCUCACAUUUCGCUCUUGCGAAUGCUUCGCCAAUUCCACUAUAUCGAUCCUAAUGGCAAAGACCAAGGAAUAAACAUCCGCAACCGAUCUCAAGAACUUGCCAAAUUACUAGGAGACGUCGAUAUGAUCCGUGCGGAAAGGAAAAAGGCAAAGGCCAAUAGGAACAAAUUCGGUGGAUUUGAAGGAGGGAUGGGCGUGGGAAUGUCUAGCGGGGGUGGUAGCUCCCGGUUUGGCGGAUUUGGCAGCGAAGACGCGCACUAUGGAGGCUUCAGUGGUGGUGUAUAUGGCGAUGGAGGUGGCUUCAACGGAAAUACUAGCGAAUUCCGGGAUGCUAGUAGGAGGUCCAACCGAUUUGAGGAGUAUGAUGAGGGUGACAGUAGCGGAUAUUCAGCCCCCCGACGCGAACAAACCUCCUCUCGACCAGAAUCAAAGCCCGCUCCCCCGAAGGCGCCAACUCCCGAUUUGGUUUCCUUUGGUGAUGAUGAACCAGUAGCAGCACCUCCAGUAUCCUCCCCUCCAGCGAAAGCAUCUUCCACCACAAAGCCCGCUGGUUCCAACGGUUUGACUGCGCUUGCAGCUGAGAGCAUGGAUGAUGAUGAAUUUGAUGACUUCCAAUCGGCCAGUCCUGCCACCAACAAUACCCUACAAUCACAGUUUGGCUCAAUUGCUCCUCCAUCCGCGCCAACUCAGACCCAGUUCGCCGCUCCAAAGCCCGUUUCAGCUGCCCAGAAUGCAAGCCUGAACGGACUGGCCGCCUUCCGAUCCAAUCCCCAAACACCCUCAGCUACCGGCACAAUGUCUCAAUCAUCAAGCAUGGGGCCACUUUCACCCACUACCCAGUCUCAGCCACCCAAGCCAACCGCUUACCAAGCUUCACAACCAAACUACUUUACAUCCAUUCCCACGCCUCAGUCCAAGCCUUCAGAGCCGUCCAACAAAUCUGCAACAAAGCCGCAAACUACAGGCUCUUCUAAAUCAGGCGGCGAUGCAUUCGGGAACCUAUGGUCUACAGCUAGUGCUAACGCUGGUAUCAAAUCAACAACCCAGACUCAGAACAAGGGACCAAACCUCGCCAGCAUGGCUAAGGAGAAGGCAAGUGCUGGCAUCUGGGGAGCACCUAGCUCCAGCAGCUCUCCUCAAACCCUUGGUGGUACUUCAAACUCUCAGCAGCAGAAGAAGCCUAGUGGAGGUAGUGCGCUAGACGACCUUCUUGGUUAA